AUGGAGAAGAAGGAAAAAGAAGAAGCAGAGGUUGUACCAAUGCUAGAGUGGUACUUUUGGUUGGCCAAGUGGCGGGUACAACUUUUUGGGAGGCAAUGGAACUUCUUCGAUGUGACCUCUGUGAUUGUGGUUUCGGUUUUGCAUUGCCUGGCUCUUUUAGCACCAUUUCAUUUCAACUGGGGUGCAGUUUGGGUGGCCAUUGCACUCAAUUCCAUCUCAGGCGUUGGAAUAACCCUAUCUUAUCAUAGAAAUCUUGCUCACAAAAGCUUUAAGCUCCCCAAAUGGCUCGAGUACUUCUUUGCCUAUUGCGCGGUUUUGGGACUUCAGGGCAGUCCACUCGAAUGGGUGAGCACACACAGAAAUCACCAUCAAUUUACUGACACGUGGAGCGACCCUCAUAGCCCCAUUGCUAAGGGAUUAUGGUUUAGUCAUAUUGGAUGGGUCUUUGAUUAUCGUUCUCGUUUUGGAAGUCUAAAACUUUAUUGUAACGUCAUCGUUGGUUCUUUCUCUUUAUAUCUUUCAUCAUGUAACUUAGCAUGUGAUGACAGAUACAGAAAGAAAGAGGUAAGGAUCUUGUUACAUUACGAAGGACGACUAAAUAAUGUUGGAGAUUUGAAAAAGCAGCCCUAUUACAUAUUUCUUCAUUACACAUACCUCUUUCACUCAGUGGCUCUUGGAGUUUUACUGUAUGUCGUAGGAGGGCUACCGUUUUUAGUUUGGGGAAUGGACCUCUUUCAUUGA